CCAUGCUACUAGCCCCUGGGCCUCCCUUUGGGGAACAUGCUGGGGGGGGGGUUGUGGGGAAAGGUGGAGCCGGCUCUCCGGCAGCUUCCACGGUCCGUGGCCAACAUCCGAUGACGUUGUUUGUUUGUUUUCACCCAACCGGCCAGUUUUCCAGUGAGGGCCGAGCUGAUGGCGUCACCCACCGCCACGUAUGUGUAUAGAGAGGGAGGAGACGAGACGCCCGAGACCCCCUUCCGAUAGAGGGUCCCUUUCUGGGGUUCCGACCGAUCGCCCCGAUCUCUCUAAUGACUUCAGGAGGGACGGAGUCUCGCGGGGGGGUUCCCCGUGGAUGGAAUGGGGGCUUAGCCUCGCCCAGCAUGGAGGAACAUUUCUACCCCUUCCUUCUGGAACGCCGUCCGUCUUAUCUUGGAGAGGAGGACGAGGAGCAGGGGGAGGAAGAUUUACGACUGGCCCUGGAAAGGAAGGAGAAGGAUUUGCUUCUGGCGGCUGAGCUGGGUAAAGCUCUCCUGGAGAGGAACGACCAGCUGGAGAGGGGGAGAGAGGCGCUUGAAGAGGAACUGAGAGAGACGCGGGAGAGGUUGGAGCAGGAGAAGCACAACAUGCGUCUGAAGAUGGAGGCUCAGGAGGGUGAGUGGAGAGCGCAGGUCGCUGACCUGGAGAGUGACCUCGCUGAGGCCCGGCUACAGAUGAAACACUUUGUGUCAGAACAAAGAGAGUGCGGGCGAGAGACGGCCACCGCUGUGCAGGAGCUGUCAGAGCAGAACCAGAGACUGCUGGAGCAGAUGGCGCAGGUCUCUCAGCUGGAGCAGUCUCUCACCUCGCAAAUACAAUCCCUGAAGGAAGAGAACCGAGAAUUAACCCUGAGCCGAGGACACUUAGCACCAUGUUUGCAGAGCCUGCAGAGCGAGAACGCUCUCCUGCUCCAGAAGAAGAGAGAUCUGGAAUUACAGAUUAAACAGCUGCGGGAGGAGAAUGAGAGUGCCCAGAAUAUGGUGUUCACCCUAAAAGAGACAGCACUGCAGUUUGAGAGAAAGGAGAGGGAGAACAACCUGAAGAUGCAGCAGCUCCAAGUAGAAGCACAGGAUCUUAGAGACAGUCAACGAAAACUGCAGAGCCAGGUGAGAGAGCUACAAGAGGAGCAGCACAUGAGAGACAGUCAGCACUCUAUGCAAGACAGACACUAUUCACUACACUCAGAGAUCCAGCAGAGUACAUCGGGCAUGGAGCACGAGAUCAUCCCUCCUUGUGGCAGCGCAUUUCUCUCAUCGGCCGUCUCUCCGCAGCCGGGGGCCGCUGGGGCAGCAGACGGUCUCCUGUACCUGAGUCAGAGAGAAGGGGAGCUGCUCCGAGAGAAGGAGGAAGAGGUGGCGCGGCUCAGGGAUCAGGUGACCCAGCAGUACAUAGAGCUGGAAAGUCUCCGAGAGGAACUGCAGAGACGCCGGGAUGUCUCGCAGCAAAAUGACCGAGACGCCAUCCUGAGACAGGCGCUGAGUGAGCGCGAUGACGCCAUCAUGAAGAAGGGAGAGCUGGAGAUGGAGCUGGCAAACUGCUGUCGGGAGAGAGACACCCUGAACGGCCAGCUAAUGAACGUAGUCCAGCAGAAGGUCCUCCUGAGUCAGGAGCUGGAGGCCUGGCAGGAGGACAUGCAAGUCGUCAUCAACCAGCAGCUCAAGUCCCAGAAAGAGACACAGAAGGAGGGCGAGACGUCACCCCUGACCCCACGCAAAAGAGAGAGCGCGAGACGGCCGCGAGACGCCGGGGGCGGGAUCUUAUCCUUCCUUAUAAGAAACUGAGAGACAAUAACCCAGGCUCCACCACCCUGCAGUGGGAGGGGCAGACUCCACGUCACCCUGCAGUGGGAGGGGCAGACUCCACGUCACCCUGCAGUGUGUGUGGGGGGGCAGACUCCACGUCACCCUUCAGAGGGAGCGGCAGACUCCACGUCACCCUGCAGUGGGAGACUCCACGUCACCCUGCAGAGGGAGCGGCAGACUCCACGUCACCCUGCAGGGGGGGGGCACACAACAUGUCCCAGAGCUCCUGUCUGUCACCCUGCAGUGGGAGGGACCAUUAAUGCCUUUUCCUGUCACGGGAAUCCCGCCCAGUCUGUAUAUAGAUAUAUAUACAUCCUGUCACUGUGUAUAUAAAUAAAUCUUUUACUGUGUAAA